CAUCCGGGCAUGAUCAAUAUCACUCGGUUUACAAAAUGGCGGCGCAAGCAGACAAGAAGCUCGCUGAGCUGCGUGUUGUUGAUUUACGUCAGGAAUUGGAGAUACGUGGUCUAGAUAAGGCUGGAGUAAAGGCUGUAUUACACGAAAGGCUUGCAAAGGCAUUAGAGGAUGAGGGGCAUGACCCAAAUGAAUACACAUUUGCUGUAUCUGACGCUACACCCAAAAAGACGAUAGAAGAAGUGAAAGGUCCCAAAAGUGCAAGAUUAAAAGGAAGACCAAAGGGAGAGGGGGAAGAGGAGGGGGGAGAAGAAGAAGAAGAAGAAGAAGAAGAAGAAGAAAUGUAUGAAGAGGACAUUGAGGGUGAACCAGAUGAAAGUGAGGACAUUGUGGAUGAUGUUAUCGAUGAGGAUGCUGAAGCAGAGGAAAAGACUGACAUUGAACAAGUUGAACAUGUUGAACAUGAACUAGAGCUCAAGACAGUAGAUAAUGUCAUUGAGAAUGAGGUUCAAACAGAAAGUGAAAUUGAAAAUACUUCUGGUCAAGAAUUGGUGGAACCGGAGGGAACUGGAGAAGUGGAUGAGGUUGAUGUGUCAGAGGCUGUGGAGGGGGAAGCCCCUCAAGAUGAUGGUGAAAUGGCGAUGGAUGUCGGUGAGGAUGAUGCCAUAGUAGACUUGGAUGAGGAGUUUAUAGGGGAUGGUGAAGGGACAGCAGAAGGUGAAGUUGAGAUGGAAGAAGCUGAAGGUGAACCUGGGCCUGAAGAAGAUGCUGAGCCUGAGAUGGAGACUGAGAUUAUAGAUGAAACCGGGCCAGAGGCUGAGGCUGAACCAGAGGAAGACGAGACUGUUGAAGAACUGACUGAGGUUGUAACGGUUCCUGAAGUCACCCCGGUUCCUGCUCCUGUUCCUGCUCCUGUUCCUGCCCCUGUUCCUGCCCCAUCCCCUACUAAACCCACUGCACCAGCAAAGACCAAGGCUACUACCCCAGCAGCUAAAGCAACACCUGCACCAAAAACUACACCAAAAGCAGUGGCAGCAAAAACUACACCCAAGGUGGCAACUGCUAAGACAACACCCGCAAAGACGCCUGCAGCAAAAUCCCCUGCAGCAAAACCAGCAGCCACACCUAAGAGUGGAGCGGCAGACAAAACUACAACACCCGCUAAGACACCUGCCCAAAAGGCCCCAACCAGGACUGCCACCCGGUCAUCCACACCUAGAGCUGCCGCAGCAAAAGCAGCAUCAACUGCAACAGUAAAACCUGCAGGAGCAACACCAGCAGCAGCAGCAGCAACAAAGACGGUUACAGCAAAGGACUCAUCGAAGGAUGAAAUCGGCCUGUUUGAACCAACGGAUGAUUCUUUUGAUGUGCGUGUUGAUGACACUCAAGUGAAUGAGAUUGAUGCAGAUCUGAAGGAGGAAAAGGGAGGAGAGAAGGCUGCCGGUGCUGAUGCCACAGCAAGUGAUGAGGCCAAGGGAGAUGCAGGCGAGAUUGUCAAAGUGAAGACGGAGGACAAAACUAAGCUAGCUGACAAAAAAGAUGAGAAGAAACCUGAAGAGAAAAAAGAAGAUGCAAAACCUGCCAAGAGCUCUGAGGGCAAGGAAGGCAAGGAGAAAGCAAUUAAGAGUAACCAGCAUAGUCGCAACCUGUGGGUAAGUGGCCUGGCAUCGUCAACUAGAGCCACAGAUCUCAAGUCACUUUUCAGCAAAUAUGGAAAGGUUAUUGGAGCUAAGGUUGUGACCAAUGCUCGCAGUCCAGGGUCACGAUGCUAUGGAUUUGUGACAAUGUCAUCAGCUGAAGAGGCCUCCAAGUGCAUUCAGCACUUACAUCGGACCGAACUGCAUGGGAAGAUGAUCUCUGUGGAAAGGGCAAAGAAUGAACCAGGUGGACCCAGUAAGGCAGUUGUUAAAAAAACUGAAGAAAAGAAACCGGCGGACAAGAAGGAGACGGAGAAGAAAGAUGGGGAGAAGAAGGUAGAGAAGAAAGAUGAGAGGAAGCCUGAGAACCGGGAUAAUCGGUCCAGUCGACGUCCACACCAUAACGACCACGAUAGAAAAGAAGCAAGACGCCCCGAGAAGAAGCAUGAUGAUAAACGAUCAUCAACCACAGAUGCUAAAAGACAUCCAACAACAUCGCCUAAAUCAGCAGAGAAAAAGAAACCCGAAGAGAAGAAAGAUGAGAAGCCAAAAGAGAAGACUGCAAAGACAGAAGAGGGAGCUCAGAAGAAAGAGGAAAGUGCAGAAAAGGAUGAGAAGAAAUCUGAAUUGGGCAGAUCCCAGUCCAAGGAUCCAAAAGAUAUCCUUUCAUUUGAGAAAAUCAAGGCUGAGAGAGAACGAGAACGUCUCCGACAAAAAGAGCGUGCUCUACGUGAUGAGGAGAGAAGGAGACUGUCUGAAAUUGAGAGACAACGAACAAGACAGAAGCAGAUUCACUUACGUCAACGAGAGGAAGCUAUUCGACUUGAACGAGAAAAAGAUAAACUGAGACAAGAGCGAGAGAAGCUUGAGCGAGAACGUAUUGAAACAGAAAGACUGCGCCUGGAACGAGAAAGACUGGAGAGGGAGAGACUUGAGCAACUCAGGCUGGAACAGCGAAGAUUAGAUGACCAACGCAGAGCAGCAAAGAGAACGUUUGACAGUCGUGGAGGUCGGCAUGACGACGACUACUGGAGCAGUCCCCCUAAACGGUCCACAUCAGAUAGAUUUGAUAAUUACGGUGAUUCUAGACGAGAGAAUCGUUUUGACCGCAGUGGCAAUGCAGACAGGAAGGUGGAGCGGUAUGAGAGGCGAGAUAGUCGUAAUACAGAUACUCGAGGUUCUAACCGAAAUGAUAGAAGGGAUUUACCAGCACAACAUGGACGUGAGAGGGAAGAACGACAUGGAGACGGCUUUGGAGAAGCCCAGAGAUAUUCUGAAACUAGAAACCCCAGAGAUGAGAGACGAGACACACGGACGCACAAUCGCCAGGAUGAGAACAGACGAGAUUUCAACAAAGGUAGAGAUGAUGACAGACGGACCACUAGAUUACCUCAACGCCAUGAUUCUCGGAGUGACUGGAAAUCAGAUAGAGACACAAGGAUGGUUGUAGCAAGUGGACGUGACACCUGGCAGGGACAAAGUGGCUCUGGGGUGCAAGAUGACAGACGUGGCAAGAAUUAUAAUUCUGGAUCUAGUAUGAUAUCAAAUGGUGCUAAUUCCAAUCAGCGUCAGUCGUGGGGAAAUGCCACAGACCGUAGCAAGAUUGAUCAGUCCUGGGGCCAUGGUGUUGCGGACAACUCUGGAGCUCGAGGAGGAGCCAGUGGUGGUGACCGGUGGAUGGGCGUCCAGAGUACACACAGUGACCGAGGAGGAGAGUUCAACUUGGGGGGAAGUCUGAUGAACAACAUUGGGGGACCAGGACUGUACAUGGCUACUGCCCCACAAAACACAAACCUUAUGAUGAUGGGUGGAAUAACCAGACAACCAGAGGCACGCUAUUUGCAGCAAGGAACAGUCCGCAGAUUCUAGAUGGAAUGUUGUCUUAAUGGGUAGUUUGGUCAGGAUGUGUGCACACAGAUGUGUUCAGUAUGAUAAAUAGCAUUUUCUGACAAGUAUGUGAUCUGCUAAGAUUCUCUAACAGGAAUUUUAUCAGUUUCCUCAUUUGGUGAUAUUGUGAAAAGAAUGGAUAUGAAUUGCAGGAAAAAUAAGUUGAACAGACAACCAUAAUAUAUGUGGCUGUUUGUUCAUGAUGUGUGAUGAAUGUGCUUAUGUAUGAUAUUCUGCAUUAUAGGAUAUUUCAAGCAAUGUGUUUACAACAGCUAAACAAUGUUGGACUUGAUUCAUGUAUCAUUGAAAACUCACACUACCUAUUUAAUACACAUGCAUUUUGUAAUCACCACAGGAUUUUGUAAAUUGGAAGAAACAAUGUGUGUAUAAUCAUUGUAUUUCCUCAGUCCUGAUUUGUGUUGCAGUGUUGUAGAAACAUAUUCACAAACACUAUUGUCAGGCACUAUGAUUCUGUGGGACAAAGUAUUUUGUUUUUCAGUGUAAUUAAGCAGCAAUUGUCUAGUCUUUUUGUAUCAGAUAUUUUUCAGCUUUUGUACAAAUGUGAAUUACAUGUCCAACUAUGUCAACAUAUUUGUAUAUACCCAUUAUUCAUCACCAGCUGUAUCAAUAAACAGAUUUCCAUUAUUUUUGUCCAUUGUGAAGGAAAAUCAUAUUUUAUUAAUUGUUGUAUACUUGUUAUCAUGUCUCUACAUUUUAGGUGAUAUAUUUUAUGAUCUUGUUAGAAUGUUGUUUGAACAGCAUAUUUCCAAUUGACAUCCAUUAAAUUCUCUCAUCGUA